UUUGAAUCCGACUUCUUAGGUAUUCCAUUUCCCUUCUAAGAAGUUUGGUAAGCGGUUUGUCAACUGGAAGAACUAUAUUGAGGCGAAUUUUACAAUCAUAAUCUGGGGAAUAGUCUAGAGAGGUGGCCAGAGUGAGCUGCUCAUCAUAGAGAGAGACGAAGAUGUCAAGGGUCGGCGCAACUGACCACUGCGUAACACCCUUAAAAGAGGGACCGUGGUUCGAACUGUUCCAGUCAAACCAGGUGUCACGGCCCCCACCAUGAGCCCUACACUUGGGCAAUUGGUGGGCGAAACACUGUGGAUUUCACGGCGCAGCGACAUGACUCGCAGCAGAGAGAGGAUAUCUGGAGAGCAGGAGACUCAGAUUGGAACUUGGAACUUCCCUCUCUCAAGGAUCAGUCAGUGGUUAGGGGUGCACGCACAAUACAGUCGUCUUGCUGCUGUCUGUUGAGGAUUCGGUGCAUCUUCCUUGGUGAGCUUGUGUGUGUCACCUGACACCAGGAGUUGCGCACAUGAACAUCUCACACUGUCACUACCCGUGGCAGAAGACGCCCCUCAUAGAGGAUAUACGUCCAAGUCUUACCAAAAGGCUCUUCAAUCAAGAAGGUCUCCUGCCUUAUUAGAACGGUACGAGGCAUC